UUUGUGGACAGUUACCCUACGCGGAGAGUAGCGUCCCUUGUCAAGAUGGCCGACGCUAGUCGAUCGACGAUGGACAAGAACAACAAAUAUGACCGGCAGCUACGACUCUGGGGAGACCAUGGACAGUCUGCACUGGAGGCAGCCAAGGUGUGCCUCAUCAAUGCAACAGCUACAGGCACAGAGAUCUUAAAAAAUCUCGUUCUUCCAGGAAUUGGCUCUUUCACUGUUGUGGAUGGGAAAAAAGUGCAGGCAGAAGAUGUCGGAAACAACUUCUUUCUUUCAGCUGAUUCAGUUGGAAAGUCACGUGCCCAAGUGGCUACAGAACUGCUGGGGGAGCUGAAUGAGGAUGUGUCCGGAAACUUUGUGGAUGAGAGUGCUGAGACGCUUCUAGAGAAUAAUCCUGACUUCUUUGGUGCCUUUUCUUUGGUUAUAGCCACAAACCUUAAUGAAAAAAUUUUGCUGCAGCUGGGAGAAGUACUGUGGGAGAGAAAUAUUCCUCUUCUUGUGUGUCGGUGUUAUGGUUUUAUUGGCUACCUUCGUCUUGUAGUCCGUGAACAUACAAUUGUAGAAUCACAUCCAGACAAUGCGCAUGAAGACCUGAGGCUUGACCGACCAUUCCCUACUUUGCAGAGGUUUUGUGAUUCUUUCGACUUGCAGACAAUGAGCAAAAAGGAUCACAGUCACACUCCCUGGCUGCUGAUUCUAUACAAAUACCUGCAAGAAUGGAAGGAAAAGCAUGAUGGGAAGAUACCUAGUUGCUAUCAAGAAAAGAACCAGCUCAAAGAAAUAAUUAGAAAAGGGGUGUGGCUUAGUGAAGAAGGAGUGCCUCAGGAAGAAGAGAAUUUUGAAGAAGCCAUAAAGAAUGUAAAUUCUGCCCUGGUUCCUACAAAAAUCCCAGCUGAAGUGCAAGCACUAUUCACAGAUGAUUGUUGUCUGAACCUUCAUCAUGAGAGCAAACCUUUCUGGAUAAUGUGCCACGCCCUUAAAGAUUUUGUUGAGAAUGAAGGAGAGGGGUGCCUACCAGUUAGAGGAACCAUUCCAGAUAUGACCUCUGACUCUGACCGUUACAUCAAGUUGCAAACUGUUUACCGAGAACAAGCUGCAGCAGAUGUUGAACUGGUCACAAGAAGAGUUCACACAUUACUACAAGAACUGGGAAGGGACGAGCCAGUCAGGGUGGAGCCCAAAGCCGACUUGUCUACUAUGGCUACAUCAGUUACAAACAGUGAAAUAAAAACAUUCUGUCGUAAUGCCUCUUUCCUUCGAGUUGUUCGAUGUCGAAGUCUAGCUGAGGAGUAUAACAACAGCACUGCCAGGACAGAAGAACUUGGUCAACAUCUGGAGAGUGAAGAAGGUGAUGAUGUCUUGUUUUACAUCCUGCUGCGAGCUGUGGACCGCUUCUAUGAAAAAUACAGCCGAUUCCCAGGGGUUGACAAUGACAAUGUGGAACCUGAUAUUCCACUAUUAAAGACUUGCCUUAGUAAGCAGCUACAGGACUGGGGACUUGCUGGUACUGUGAAAGAUGAUUAUGUGCAUGAGAUGUGCCGUUAUGGAGCAUCUGAACUCCAUACAAUUGCUGCCUACAUGGGUGGAGUAGUGGCUCAGGAGGCCAUUAAAAUUCUUACAGCUCAGUUUGUACCAAUUAACAAUACGUAUAUCUAUAAUGGAUUUCAGCAAAUGUCCACCACAAUAUGUCUGUGACCAUGACUGCAGUCUUGAUCAUCUUCAUUACCUGUGAUAAGAUUAUCACCAAAAGCAGCACUAGCAUUAUAUGUAGGUCUCCAUGAAUGAUACCAUCUUUGUAUACCUGUUUCCUUGACAUAAUAAUCUUCAUUGCAUGUGCAGUCAAAAUAAACAAGCCUAGAAAGACUUUGACCUUAUUGUGGAGGUCAGUUGCAAUGAAGUUUUAUGUUACUUCAUAAUUGUUAAACAUUUGUAGAAACAGAUACAAUAAGUUAGGCUGCGAGUUCCAUGCAGGAAAAUGCACUUGCCAUUGGUGAUUUCAAUCUGGUAACUGCUCAGCCAUUGCUUGCUAGAGUACAGCAGCUAGCCGCCUGCAGGUGAAACCAAUAAUUGAAGAGUGCUGCAUCAUCUCUGAUGGUUGUUACAAAGAUAAUGUAUUCAUUUUGCAGUGAACGAAGGAAUCAUUAACUGUGCAUGGAUCACUUUGGGGUUCCUCUCACAUUCACAGAAAACUUGACACGAGUUUUAAUGCAGUUGUUUUGAAUAAAAUUUCAGCAUUAUCCUUUUUUCUAAAUGUAAAAGCAAAAUAUAACGCUGUGUUGCUGAUGGUCAAUGAACAAAACAGUUCAUCAGCACCACUAUCAUAUUGUAUAGCUACAUAUAUGUAUAUGUACAAAGAAUCAUCGAUGUGUUUUAUUGUAGGCCCAUUUGCAAAUGCAACAGAAUCAAAAUGACUUCUUAUCAUCUUAAAAUUUGCCUGAGUACAGGGUCAGAGAUUUCAACAUUAACUAAAUUUUGCAUUGAACAUAAAAAAAUCAUUUAUGCCUCUUAAGUCUUAUCAGUUCUUUUUCAGGUUCCUUCAGGAAACAAAUUUAUAUUUAGAGUAUCUGCCUUUUAAUGAAUCUGCCACAAAAACUUUUGGUAAAAUCAUUUCACAAAACCAUGAAAAGCUUAUGACAGCUUAUAUUCAAAUAUGUUUGAGUUUUUUUAAAUGAAAAAUGUUUGAAAUGCCAUGAACAUUUUCUUGAGUUAUUGACUUCAAGCAAUGUAUUAUCUGGCUGAACAAGAGAAUUUGUAUUACGAUGUGUUAACUGUUUGUAAGGCUAAUAAAACCUUUGUCUUUUA